CCUCCCUCUGCAUGUUCUUCCCUCGUCCUGCAGGAAUAGUCUUUCCUCCUCCACCGCUGCAGCCCGGCAUGUCCGCAAACUGAGAGCGUGAGCGGUGAGACACGGAGAAAGACACAAGCCAGCCUUUAAGACACACGGCUUGUAUUUUGCGCCUUCCCUUUGAAGGAGAGAAGAUUUUAACACCGCGACGAAGCUUUUAGAAGGGACUUGGACGAGGAUCAAAAACAAGGUCUGUCCCUGUAACGCGACCACUGAAGGAGGAGAACACAGAACUGCUUCAUCAUGAAUUUUGUAAUGAAAGCUGCGCUGGGAGGAGGCCCUCCUGAUGUUGGCAAAAUGCUUGGUGGGGAGGAAAAGGAAGAGGACCCUGAUGCAGCGAAAAAAGAGGAGGAGAGACAGGAGGCACUGAGGCAGCAGGAGGAGGAGAGGAAGGACAAAUAUGCCAAGAUGGAGGCUGAGAGGGAAUCGAUGAGACAAGGCAUCAGAGAUAAGUAUGGCUUGAAAAAGCGUGAAGAGGCCGAGGCUGAGGCAGCAGCUGCCCAAGAAGAGUCUGCAGCGGGCAGCUUGACUAGACCUAAGAAGGCUGUGCCAGCUGGCUGUGGUGAUGAGGAGGAGGAAGAAAGCAUCAUGGACACAGUGAUGAAAUACCUGCCAGGCCCACUGCAAGACAUGCUCAAGAAGUAAGCUAGGUAGCUAGCUAACACUAUCUAGCUUAGUUCACAGGCUACAGUUACUUUAAUUUUGUUUUUCUCCUUUUUCAAACACAUCUAAACAAAUAACAUGAAGUUACAUUUUGGCAAGGUGUUAUGUUGUUUGGCAAGUCAAGGUUUUGUGAUGAAGAAAUGCACCAACAGUGUGAACUGCAGCCAUUGGACUAAGCUAGGCUGGCUUACCGGCCAUGUGAACGUUAGUUAUGUUAGAAAGCUAACAGCAAGCAGAGGGCAAAGACAAAUGUUAGACGAUUUAUCCUUCUAGUCUGAGAAGUUUUAAACUCCCUUUUCUGUCCCCUGCAAGGGAUGCAAAAGCUUUCUUGCACCACUGGAAAAUAAUACCCUUGUACACCAUAUUCAUUCAGUUUGUACAUAAAUAAGGCAGUGCAUAACAACCCUCCAUGUGGGCAAAAAAACAAUCAAAAAUAUUAUAUAUUAAAAAUAUUAUUCUGUAUGUCUG